AUGUCCUCGACAAACCAUUCUAGACCGGGAAACUCUGCUAGACAAACGCGACAAAAUAUUUCUGUAAGGCAACCGAGCCAGAUUGAUCCACCUCGACGCCAUACCAAUACAGUUCAAAGACAACAAACAGGGGAAAUCAACAAUUCAAGACCACCUCUUCCGAAUAUACCAAGGGUGCAAACCACCAUAAUAAGGCCAUCACUGCAAUCCACCACUUCGCGGCAUGUGAGCGAGAUCAACUUUAGACAGGUAACACAAGCCCUUUCUCAUGGGUCACCUAGUGAGGCCACAUUUCAGAGACAUCAAAAUCACCACCAGAGGCCUCCAGCUCCAGUUGUUGAUACCGUUGCCUUUUCAUCUGAACCAGGGAAUACAUUGUUUCCUUUAUCGGAUCAAGGAACAUUGAAACAAAAACAGUUACACGAUAAAUUUAGUCGUAAAAUCUUAUUCGCAAAACACAAGAAAGCUUCUACAGAACAAUCAACUUUGCUUGAGAUAUUAAAAUCUAUCUCCGAGAAUCUCGAAAAUGAUUAUAACAAUCAAAUUCGAGAAUUAAAUCAACUAUUAAAGGAUAAUCCUAGAGAGUUGACCUAUCAUCGAUUGGUCAACUAUGAUUUGCUCAACAAGUUGUCCACGUCCUUCACCGAUGAUUCCAAGCGAACUGCCUUUGUGAAUUCUUUCAUUAAGCCUCUACUCAUCAGUGACGAUGAUCCGAAAAGAUCGCCCUUUGGAAAAUUGAUAGAAUCCGUUGUAGAAGAACUCGAGAAUCAUGUGAUAUAUCCGGAAGCACCACGGCCGACAAAAGAUCAUUUAAAAUCGAUAAUCGAGAAUAAAUUGAGAAUCAAAUUUAUUUCGAUGGAUUCUAGCGACAAAUUUGUCGAGAAAGUCAAACCUUACACAUGUUUUAAUGAGUUCGCUACGAGACUAGAUCGAUUAAUUAAUCGCACGGAAUCUCGCAAUCCCGGUAUGGAUCGUCGCCGUGAUGUUGCCACUUCUUUCGAAAAUCACAUUUCAUCACUAGCAAGAAGACAAAUAUUUAUAAGUUCUGAUUUGUUCAUCGAUGAACCAGAUUUGUUUGCUGAUAUGCCACACCGCACCGAGAUUGGUGGGCCUCCUCAGCGUAUUCGUCUUUCGACAGUUCUCACAACAAUGCAGGGCGAAAAUAGGGAAGAUGCUGGUGAAAAUGAGGCAACUAAUACAACAACUAAUUUACCCCCCCCUUCUGGAGAUCUGAUAGCUGAGGGAGAACGUGAAUCUGAUGUCGAGAAUGGUUCGGAAACUUCAUCAAUUUCAGUAGUUCAGCGUCAUCUCGCCCAAUCUACGGCUAUCCCACCAAACCAAGAAAGUCGGAACGACAAUGGUGCGAAUGAGUACGGUAGUGAAGGGAAUGAAUCCGACUCGGAAGAAGGAGAAUCAAUUGUGUCAUUUCGGUCGUCUUCUGUCAAUCCUCAGAUUAGUUCUACCGGUCCCACUAACACAAAUAACACUGUGACAGUUGAGCAAGUUGAUCAAGAAAAUGAGUCUGAUGGUGAAAAUGAAGAAUCAGAUGCUUCCUCUUUAUCAUCUCACCGUCAAAGAUCCGAGGAUGAUUCGGAUGAUGACGAGGAAUCUGAGAGCGAGGAAGAGUUAGAGAACACUAACACUCACGCGUCAUCAUCGUCACCAGCGCAACCUGACUGGCAUAUGGAGUUUUAUAUGGAUGGCGAACGUAUAAAUUUAGAGUCCACAAUAUAUUCAGCGAUAUACAAGCAUUUGCUAAGAAAAAAGCAGGAAAGAUUGACUCCGGAGUUCUGGAGUGGCGAGUUUUUGACUGGUGAAUAUGAAAUACAGUUCAAAAAGGUGAAAUCGACACCCCCUCCAUCUCAGGCACAAGAAAACUCUGAUGAGUUGGAGAUCGCGGAUGUGGCUAAGGGUAUUCUAGAGUUCAUGGAUCUACUGCACUCAUUGUACGAGGAGACCGUUUUCGCAAAUAAAUACGACCCAACGUUGUUCCUUUGUCAAGACGUUGACAAAUUGAUUAUACCUCUUCUCAAGGAUCCAUUGUCCGUUCUGACUAAAACAUUUCCAGAUUUCCAUCUCAAGAUAUGUACGCGCUACCGAUUCUUGAUGAGCGCCAAGAGGAGGCAUGAAUUUUUCCUAGCAAAGACAUUCGGGUUGCGUGAUUUCAAAAAAUUUGACUUGAGCGAUGAGGAAAAACGACUGAUUAGUCCGGUGGUACCCGAGCAAAAGAGAGUAUCGGGCUUGUCAAAACCAGAUUUGUUUAGAUGGUUUUGCAAGAACUUCCCGCAAUUUGCCACCACUGAAUCUAUUCUCAAGGUCACUUUCACCGGGGAACGUGGUGUCGGUGAGGGCGUUGCACGUGAAUUUUAUGCAGUCAUGUCUCUCGAGUUCUCGCAAGUCUGUCGGAAUAUGUGGUUGCAUGACUCAGAGGCCGGAGCGGAGGACACGUGGAUAAAGAAUGUUAAUGGAUUGUACCCGGCGUUGAUGGACGAAAAGAUGAUGGAGGAGGAGGAGGGAAAGGAAAUUUUGCACAACUUCCGACUGUUGGGUCAGUUUGUGGCGAAGGCUAUUGUAGACGGCCGAGUGGUAGAUUUGCCCUUCAACAAGAUAUUCGUAGAUCUCUUGUUGCAUCCUAAUUGUGUUUUGAAAAGUCUGGACACGGAUUGCCAAGAUUUAUCGACUAUAAUUGAAGCAAUUCAAUCGGUUUAUCCGUCCUUUGGCAAAACCUUACAAAACUUGUACGCAAAUCCGGAACUUAUCGCCGGUUCAUGCAUACCAUAUGAUAUUCCCGUUGGUCGUCCAACAAAGUCUGAGAUCGAUCAUGGAAGUGACACUCAGUUUGUGACGUGUCAAAAUAUAAACUCGUAUAUCUUAUCAUGUAAGGAUUGGAUUUUCGACCGUGGUGUCCGUCGACAAAUCGAGGCUUUCAAGGAAGGGUUUAACCGAGUAUUCUCAUUCGAAUCUUUGCGUGAGUACUCGUCGAUAGAGUUCGCACAGUUGAUUCUGUUCCAGGUGGACGAAGAUUGGAGCAUCGAAACGGUGCGCAAACAUGUGAAACUUUUGGAUGCAUCAAGUAUCAACGAAGUUGAUAAGGUUAUUCAGAUUAUGUCAAAAUUUGACAGCGAGGAUAAAAAGCGAUUCUUGCGAUUCGUUACUGGUAGCCCAAAACUACCAAUUGGCGGAUUUCAGGCUUUGGAAUUCAAGAUCUCUACCAGGGAAAAAAAUUCAUAUCCUCAAGGACGAACCUGCUUCAAUACAUUCAUGGUUCCACGCGAUAAUCCCGAAGAAGAGUUAAUGCAAAAAAUCAAGUUGGUGAUCGAGAAAUGUAAUGAUGAGAUUGACCGCGACUGA